AUGUCGCACAGCAUCCCGCCCAACGAGCCUGUGGCUGUCGUUGGCAGCAGCUGUAGGUUUGCCGGCGGUAUCUCCAAGCCCAGCGAGCUCUGGGAGCUGCUCAAGAACCCACAAGAUCUAUCACAAACCAUUCCUCCCUCACGAUUCUCUGCGACCGGCUUCUUUCACGAAGACGGAGAGUAUCAUGGAACCACCAACUCCACCAAGGCUUACUUCCUUCAAGAUGACCAUCGAGCUUUCGAUGCUUCAUUCUUCAAUAUUGCCCCGAAAGAGGCAGAAGCCAUUGAUCCGCAGCAGCGCAUGCUCUUGGAGACUGUCUACGAGUCUCUCGAGUCUGCUGGAUACACCCUCAAGCAGUACUCUGGCGAGAAGGUGUCUGUAUUCUCCGGUGUCAUGACGGCUGACUACGACACGCUCUGCCAGCGAGACGACAUCACUUCCUCGCAGUACUUCGCCACUGGUAACGCUCGCUCUAUCAUCUCAAACCGUCUCAGUUACUUUUUCAACUUCCGUGGACCUUCAAUGACAAUCGAUACUGCUUGCUCUGCCAGCUUGGUUGCCUUGCACCAGGCGGUACAGAGCCUGCGUAGCGGUGAGAGCAUCAUGGCCUGCGUCACGGGUUCCAAUCUCAUCCUCACUCCCGAACAAUUCAUCACCGAGUCUAGCCUCCACAUGCUCAGCCCUACGGGUCACUGUCGCAUGUGGGAUGCUGAUGCCGAUGGCUACGCUCGUGGCGAGGGAAUUGCUGCCCUGCUUCUGAAGCCUUUGAGCAAGGCUUUGGCCGACGGCGACACUAUCCAAGCCAUCGUUCGGGAGACCGGUGUCAACUCUGACGGUCGGACCCAAGGUAUCACUAUGCCUAGCUCCCUUGCACAAGCCGCACUUAUCCGCGAAACCUAUCAAAAGACUGGUCUCGAUCCCACCGAUCCAUCAGAUCGCUGCCAGUACUUUGAGGCUCACGGCACCGGAACUCAAGCUGGCGACCCACGCGAGGCUCAAGCUAUCUCGGACGCAUUCUUCCCAAGCAAUGCCGAGACCCAGAAUACAACCAUGAUUGCAGACAAAGCUGCUGAAGAUGCCGAUAAAUAUAGACAGCUAUAUCGCAGCCUUUUCGUGGGAUCGGUCAAGACUGUCAUUGGACACACCGAGGGAGCAGCCGGACUUGCUGGUAUGCUCAAGGUCAUUCAGUCCAUGCGUGCCAAGACGGUGCCGCCAAACAUGCACCUCCGCGAGCUUAACCCCAAGGUCGAGCCUUUUUACAAGAAUCUCGAGAUCCCGACAAGCUGCACUGCCUGGCCUGCUCCUGCAAGCGGCCAUCCUCUGCGUGCCAGUGUGAACUCUUUUGGCUUUGGAGGCACCAACUCCCAUGCCAUCGUCGAGCUUUACACUCCUGACAUUCAUGACCCAAUCGGCAAACACUUUGCUGAGAAAGGCCUCGCUGUCGCUCACUCUAAAUCUUGUGUCAUCAGCCAGAACAAUGUGGAUGUUCAGUUCCCUCUUGUACUCUCUGCAGCUUCGAAGAAGACUUUGUAUCAGGUGGUUUUGGCUCUCAAGGACUUCAUGUCACUUCCAGACGUUCAAGAAAAGCUUUCUAGCCCAGAGGAGCUCCACAAGCUCUUGCGUUUCCUGCUCGUCAAUCGAUCAACCUUCCCUUAUAGAUUGACUGUCACUGGCACUACAUGCCAAGACCUGGUUAAGGAAUUGGAGAAGGUCCUCGAUAGCAUUCCUGUCGGCGGUCCUCAAGAGAUCGGCACUCUUGCCCUCAAGCAGAUCUCCAAAGGUCCCCUUAAGAUCCUAGGCAUCUUUACUGGCCAGGGAGCACAGUGGGCACAAAUGUCCAAGCACCUCUUGAUCAAUUGCCCCAUCUUCAAACAGACCAUUCAUCAGCUCGAGGAUAUCCUCGGCGAAUGCCCUACGCCUCCUGACUGGACAAUCUCACAAGAGCUCAGCGCUGAUUCCGAGAACUCUCGCAUCGGCAUCGCCGCCAUAGCACAGCCCCUUUGCACCGCGGUCCAAAUUGCACUUGUUGAUGUCCUUCGCUCACUUGGGAUUGAGUUCCAUACAGUCAUUGGUCACUCUUCUGGAGAGGUUGCUGCAGCUUACGCUGCAGGCCGGAUCACUGCCCAUGAUGCCAUCCUCAUUGCUUACUAUCGAGGUCUCUAUGCCCACGUGGCUGGAGCUCCCGGCUCGGGUGACAAGGGAGGAAUGCUGGCUGCUGGUCUAUCAAAGCUGGAAGCUGAGCAACUCUGCGCCCUCGAUCCCUGGAAUGGACGACUAGCGGUGGCUGCGAGCAACUCGCACACCAGCGUCACUCUCUCGGGUGACCUGGAUGCUAUCAAGGAAAUGGCUCAGUACCUUACGGAGCAGGGCAAGUUUGCACGCUUGCUAAUGGUCGAUACUGCUUACCACUCGGCUCACAUGCUUGCUCCGGCCGAGCAGUACGGAGAGUCGCUCAGCACUUUUGAGAUUCAGGCUUCUGAGGGAAACAAGACCAAGUGGAUCUCAUCCGUUUAUGGCGACGACCGUCCCCUGGAGGUGGAUGAAAUCAUGUCUACCUACUGGACGGACAACAUGGUCAAGCCUGUUCUCUUCCGCGAGGCUAUCGAGUCGGCGUUGAGUGGAGACAAUCUCUACGAUGUUGUCGUCGAAGUUGGACCGCACCCUGCUCUCAAGGGUCCCGCCACUGAGACUAUCAAAUCCAUCAUCGGUUCAACUCUACCCUACUUUGGCGUCCUGGAUAGGAAGAAGAAUGACAUGGCGGCGCUUUCGGACUUUAUCGGUUCCAUGUGGACACUGUUCGGCCACUCGGCCAUCCGUCUUCCAGUUCUGCCUGCAGCCAAUUCCUAUUCCACUUCCCCACAACAGAAAUCCUGGUCUGAGAUGUUGCCUCAAUACCCUUGGGAUCAUUCACAGAUUCACUACCGCGAGUCGCGCAUCUCACAGCAGUACCACUUCCGCGCCGAUGCUCCACAUGAGCUGCUUGGUGUUCGUACGCGCGACGACACCGAGUUUGAGCUUCGUUGGCGCAACAUCAUCAAGCUGGAGACGGUCCCUUGGAUUGAGCAUCACCGCUUCCAAGGUCAAGCCCUACUGCCUGCUUCUGCCUACUGCGUGAUGGCUUUGGAUGCUGCCCGGGUGCUUCUCAAGGGUCGAAGUGCUACAAUCAUUGAGUUGGAGAACUUGGAGUUCCUGAGUGGAAUGACCGUAGAGGCUGGAAACUAUGGCGUUGAAACCCUCUUCACUCUUACAGUCCUGCCUCCCUCAAAAGAGCAGCAAGACGAGUCAAUAAUCACUGCCACCUUCACCCUCACAUCUGCUUAUGCGGACGGAUCAAGCCCCAUGCGCAUGAACUUUCGCGGAAACAUGACCAUAAUUCUUGGCAACCCGGACGUCGACGCCCUUCCUUUCAAGUCUGCUCUCCAGCCAGAGACCACACCGGUUAGCCCCGAAGGUUUCUACAGCAUGAUGAAAGACCUUGACCUGGAAUAUACUGGUCCAUUCAAGGGCAUCAAGACAAUUGAUCGCCGCUACAACUUUGCCUCGACCACUCUAUUGAAGUCGCAUCCUCAGGACACCACAAAGCUUGCCGUGAGCCCAGCCACGCUCGACACUUGCUUCCAAGCCUGCUUCUCGGCGUUUGCAUCUCCUGGCGACGGCUCACUGUGGACGACCUUCUUGCCAACCCACGUGUCGGCGAUGCGGUUCAACAUGGCCAUCUGCGACUUGAAGGGAAGCCAAGAACAGACCACCAAGGUCGACGCUUCGCUGACAGAGUUCAAGCCAACCUCCAAGAACGGCGCUGCCACCAUCAAGGCCGACAUGGCCAUCUACAAUGAUCACGGCCAGGCCGAGGUUCAGAUCGAGUCCAUGACCGUAGCCUCAUUCGCUGCUACCAAGCCCCAAGACGACUAUGAACUCUACCUCCACACGGUUGUGCAGCUGGACCCCGAGGACGCCAUCAUCGGCCCACAGGCACUGCUCGACGCCACCUCAACCGAGUUCCGCAGCCUGGUCGAGAGCUGCGACCGCGUCGCCGCCUUCUUCUGCCAAAACUACAAGUCGUGGCCGCAUGAGACCAAGGAAGACCUCAAGGCGUUUAUCAAGACCUCGCCGCACUCGGCCGCCCUAGAGCUGCUCAUGCAGCUUGGUAAGAACUUGCCGCAUGGAGUCCUCCAAGCCAUGGCGGGCCCGGUCGUCCAAGAGUCGCUAGACAUGUUGUCAAUGCAGCGCCAAGUCUCGGGCAUCGUCGGCCAGAUUGCACACCGUUACCCGCGCAUGAAGGUGCUCGUGGUGACUGAGCCUGGCCUUGGACUCAAAGAGCACGUUCUCGCAGGUCUCAAAUCCUCAUUCACCUCCUUCACCGUGGCCGGCAAAGUCGAAGCAAGCUUUGAGCAGCGUGUCCUGCAAGCCGCUAAUCAUGCCGUUCGGGACCGCAUCUUCAUCAAGGAUCUGGAUAACGACAAGGAGCAGUUGGAAAAGCAAGAUCUCGUCAUCAUGUCUACCGUUGCCGGUGGAGAUUCGGUAGCUGUCCUCAAGAGGAUGCACGCCCUGAUGAACUCCGGAGCCUGGCUCCUGCUCGUGGAUAUGUCGCAUAGUCCGCUUAGAGAGCGCCUUCGUCGAUGCUCGGGUCAGUCGGUGGACCCAUCCAUGGCCAACAUCACUCCACCGGAUUGGCCUGACGUCCUCGAAGAGUGUGGUUUUGUCAAUGCCUCCAAGAAUGGAGAUCAGCAACACAUCCCUGGCUUCUCCAUCACCGUUCGCCAGACAGAGAGCCACCUCAAGGAUGUACUCCGGACUCCCCUCGCGGGAGGCCCUGGAUCUCCACCGCUCACUUCCAAGCUUUUGGUUCUUGGUGGCAACAGCAACCGGACAACCUCACUGGUGACACACGUCACAACCGGUCUUGAGCCUCAUUGUGAGCAGCUUCUUACUGCUGCAUCCUUUGAAGAUGCUGAGCACGACGAUCUCGCCACUUGCACUGCAGCCAUCAUCCUCGCGGACCUGGACAGCCCCGUCCUGUCUACAAUGACGGCGGCACGCCUGGAAAGCAUUCGCACCUUGAUGCGGCCCGAGACCACGGUGCUGUGGAUCACCUUCCACGCCCGAGACUCUAACCCUGAGCACGCAGCCACUUUCGGCUUUGCCCGCACCCUCCUUGCAGAGAUCCCCAACCUCAACCUCCAACUUCUGGAUCUCGAGGUGCUCAAUGGCGCAGGCCCGAUCAUCGCUGAGACCUUUGGCCGCCUCUGCCAGCGCAAGCUCACCACUGGUGAGGGCAGCAAGAUGCUCUGGACUCACGAGCCCGAGAUCCACAUCGAAAAGGGUCGGCGUCUCGUCCCGCGUGUGCUGCCUUACCGGCCAGCCAUCGAUCGCGUCAACGCACCGCGUAGGGUCAUCACCUCAACUGUCAACACCACUGAGCAGUGUGUCGAGAUCGUACCUGUCGCUGCUGCAUCUGCCGGCGAGACUCGUUAUGAGAUCAAGCUUCACUCGGGCAUCGCCUCCACUGGCCACGUCGCCAAGCCGAAUUCCUUGAUACACCCCCCAAUCCAGGUCUUCUACAGCUCGGCGCGGCCCCUCGACGUCGGUCGCUACAAGGGUUAUCUGUGCUUUGGCCGGGAGCUUUCCCUGAACGGUAAAGGACGCACCGUUGUUCUCUUCAGCGACUCCAAUGCGUCCAUCGUCCAGCCAGCUCCUGGUCAGAUACUCUGGGACGCUCCAGAGACCGCCGUUACCUCGGCUGCCUGCACCGCCUGGGCCCUCCGGACCCUGGCUGUCAUGUCUGGCAUGGACAAGCCUCAAGGCGGGAGCAUCAUCCUCGUCGAGCCUGACAUGUGCCUGUUCAAUAUCAUAACGCAGCUCUUCACGUCGUCGCAGUACAACAUCACCGUCUUGACCACAGAUCGGGAAGCCUCCAUGCGCAACCCGGCCUGGACUUUCAUCCACCGGUACCAGGCGCGCGCCCCCAUCGAGCAGGUCUUUGCCAGGAUGGGCAAGCUUUCCGUCUACAACUUCCUGGACGAGUCCUCGCCGGUAUCUACCAUGAUCCGCCGCGUGGUUGCCGGCAAGGGGGACUACUACCCUGCCGGUGAGCUUCUGACGUACACCGUCACCGAGAUGCACAACUGCGACUUGGAGGACGUGAUUGAGUAUGCCGACAUGAAAGCCCUGCAGAUCCAUCCGUCGUGCGACGAGCCCGUCUCUGCGUCGGCCAUCACCGUCCCCGACCUGCUGGACAGCACCACCCCUCCCAAAUCCCCCUUCCAAGUCGUCGACUGGCGCGCCGAGCGCAACGUCUCGUACCUGGCACCCCCAGUCAUCGGCACAAACAUGCUCAGGCCUGACAGGACCUACCUCCUGGUCGGCAUCACCCGCGACCUGGGCCAGUCCCUCUGCCAGCUGUUCGCCGAGCAGGGCGCUCGCCACAUCGUCCUGUCCAGCCGCAGCCCACCCGACGACGCGCAGACGUUGUGGCGCUACGAGCUGCUCGCCCGCACCGGCUGCACGGUCCUGAUGGAGAAGCUGGACGUGACGGACCGCGCGAGCGUCCUCGCUCUCAAGACCCGCCUGACGUCCACCUGCCCGCCCGUCGGCGGCGUGGUCAACGGCGCCAUGGUGCUCGACGACCGCGUGUUUGCGCAAAUGUCCAUCGAUACGCUGCAGCGCGUCAUGCGGCCCAAGACGAUCGGGUCCAGCAACCUCGACGCCGUGUUCGCCUCCCCGGACCUCGACUUCUUCAUCAUGACGUCUUCCUUUGCCGCCAUCGGCGGCCACGCCGGCCAGUCCAACUACGCCGCGGCAAACAUGUACAUGAACGGGCUGGCUGCCGAUCGACGCCGGCGCGGCCUCGCGGCGUCGGUGCUCAACAUUGGCGUCAUCUACGGUCUCGGUUUCCUGCACCGCGAAAAGGACGAUCUGUACGCAGGCCUGGAGCGCGAGGGCUACCCGCCCAUCUCGGAGCGCGACAUCCACCACAUGUUCCUCGAGGCCAUCGCCGCGGGCAAGCCGUCUGCUCAGAAGAAGCAUGGAGCGACGGCGGCGGUCGCGGACCUGACGACGGGGCUGAGCCGGUACGACAUUGACGACGCGGAGCCGCUGCACUGGCACCGCGACCCACGCUUCUCGCACUACACGGUGCAGCAGGCCGGUCGGGGAUUGGCUUCGUCAAAGGCCGCCGGCGAUCGACAGAGCAUCAAGGAAAAGCUGGAGCUGGCGCAGACGGCUGCCGAGGUCCACGAGGUCGUGGCGGCCGGCCUGGAGGCCAAGCUCCGCAAGAUGCUGCAGCUGCGCGACGACGCUGCCCUCGACAUGCGGCUGGGCCUGUCGGACAUUGGCGUCGACUCGCUCGCCGCCAACCAGAUCCGCUCUUGGGUCUUUAAGAACGUCGGCAAGGACGUCGGCGUCAUGAAGAUACUCGGUGCUGCCAGCGUCGACAAGCUCUGCCAGGAGAUUGCGGGCUUGGUGGUUGCUGAUAGGAGCUGA